GCUGGGUUGAAUGCUCCAAAUGAACAUCCGGUAUGUACCGUCGAGGUGAAGUGAGUUUCCGCGGAGUGAAACAGGGGAGUGGCUAGUAAUUGACCAACGCAGAAAGACUUGACGUUUCAUUUCUACGUCUCUGCUGAGUUGAAGAUUUUAUUUAUUUAUUUUUUACUCGAUCAUCCAUCACUGAGUCUUCAAUGCUCCGAUAAGCUCGCGACAACGGGGCGAAACGGGCGUAAAAUUCUGGUGAACACUGACCUUGUGAUGAUUACUACGAUUUUGAAAAGUGAAGUUAUUUAAAGUGUAAUAUUGGAGUGGAUUUGGAAGAUAAUGCCGGUCAAAGUGGAUGUGGUACCACCACCACCUGCCAAUUCAAAACAACCUGGGGUCACCAAGUCAUUGUUGUACAAUGGCUCGAGAUUCCAGGGAUCUCAAAAGUCCAAGGGAAAUAGCUACGAUGUAGAAGUGGUUUUGCAGCAUGUGGAUGAAGAGAAUAGUUAUCUCUGCGGUUAUUUAAAAAUAAAAGGCCUCACCGAGGAAUUUCCCACAUUAACAACAUUUUUCGAUGGCGAGAUUAUAUCGAAGAAGUAUCCAUUUCUCACGCGUAAGUGGGACGCCGACGAAGACGUUGAUAAAAAACACUGGAGUAAAUUCGAAUCAUUUUGCCAAUACGCAAAGACUUUUAAUUCCGAUACAUUUGACUACGAAGCACUGAAAGGGACUGAUUUCGUCUUCAUGAGAUGGAAGGAACACUUUCUAGUUCCUGAUCAUACUAUUAAGGACAUUAAUGGGGCAUCUUUUGCUGGAUUUUAUUACAUAUGCUUUGAAAAAUCAGCGGCUUCGAUCGAGGGAUAUUACUACCAUCGUAGCUCAGAGUGGUAUCAAUCAUUGUAUCUCAGACACGUACCAGAACACAGUAUACAAAUCUACGAGUUCAGGUGAAAUAAAUGCCCUCGGCUCGACCCAUGGCAAUUAUCUUCUAUUGCUUUACGUCUUCUUAACUGAAACAAGCAGAUCUCGAAAUUAAAGCGUACUAGAAUCCACAAUUUUAAUUGAAACAUGACGUAAUAAAUUUAAUCAGCAUUGAUUUUUAAUUUCUCCAAUAUGAAAUAUCGACAAAUCGUGAUAGUCUUGGGGAAAUGAGUGCCUCAAUAUUGCGUGAUAAGCUUGUUUAUAGUGUACGAUUGAUUAAUUGUAAAAAAAAAAUAACGAAAAACAAUAAUUUUUGAAUUGUGAAAUUCUACGUGUAUCAUUAAAUUGUAAAUUAACAAAUUGAGUUUAUUUGUUGUGCACUCAACUGCAGACCAAAUGUAGAAUUCCAUUGGUUAUUAACUUCAUUAUACAAUCGGCAUAAUGAUAUUCUAAAUGUGAGAUCUGUUUGCUUGAAAAUUUUAUUCAAAGACUUGAGUGUGAAUGGGAUUGGUGCGCAAAGUAUGUUGGAGAGCUGCCAGAAUAUGUUGAAAAUUUUCAAUGUAGUAAAGAGAAGAAACGAAUAAUAUAUAA